ACCUCGUUCAAGUCAGCAAAGCCGAGCCAGCUGCUGCGUAUGUGUGUGUCAGGGAUAAGCAGUCCAGCACGUGAGUGUGUGUGUGUGUGUGUGUGUGUGUGUGUGUGUGAGGGGCUAGCGUUGACCAGGCUAUGAGUGCGUCUCAGAGGGAGAGGCCGUUCGUUCCAUGCUGAGUUGAGCUAAGGGAGCAGAACAAGAGAAUCUGACAGAGGAGCAGCAAUGGGGCUCGGACAGUCCAGCAAGGCUCCUGUCACCGAGGACACGGACGAGGUGAAUUUCGACCACUUCCAGAUCCUGAGGGCAAUAGGAAAAGGAAGCUUCGGAAAAGUCUGCAUUGUACAGAAGAAGGACACCAAGAAGAUGUACGCAAUGAAGUACAUGAACAAGCUGAAGUGCGUGGAGCGGAACGAAGUGAGGAACGUAUUGAAAGAGCUGCAGAUAAUGCAGAACCUUGAGCAUCCGUUCCUGGUUAACUUCUGGUAUUCCUUCCAGGAUGAGGAGGACAUGUUUAUGGUGGUGGACUUGCUCUUGGGAGGAGACCUACGCUAUCACCUCCAGCAGAACGUCCACUUCUCAGAGAGCACCGUCAAACUCUACAUCUGUGAACUGGCCCUGGCGCUGGGAUACCUCCGUACGAAGCGCAUCAUACACAGAGACAUCAAACCUGACAACAUACUACUGGAUGAACAUGGACACGUCCAUCUAACAGACUUCAACAUCGCAGCCAUUGUAAAAGACGACCUAAAAGCAACGUCCAUUGCCGGGACUAAGCCAUACAUGGCUCCUGAGCUGUUCCAAACCUUCGAGGGGGCCCACCCAGGCUACUCCUUCUCUGUUGACUGGUGGUCGCUGGGCAUCACGGCAUACGAGCUACUCAGAGGACAGAGACCAUAUGUGAUGAGAUCCAGCACACCGGCUAAUGAGAUCCUUCAGACCUUCCACAAGGUCCAUCCCAGCUACCCGGCAGCCUGGUCUUUGGAGAUGAAGUCUCUACUCAGAAAGUUGCUGUGCAUAGAUGUCCAGAAGCGCAUUUCCUGUCUAGCAGAGCUUCAGGAUCUGGACUACGUGUCACAUGUCAACUGGGACGCUGUGCUCAGCAAACAGCUUCCUCCCGGCUUUAUUCCCAAUAGGCGGAGACUAAACUGUGACCCUACAUUUGAGCUGGAGGAAAUGAUCCUGGAGUCCAAACCACUUCACAAGAAGAAAAAGAGGCUUGCUAGAAAAACCAAGGACCAGGGAUCCGAUGGGUCUCCACAGAACGGUCAGUUGCAGCAGAGACUGGAUACCGUCCAGAGAGACUUCAUUGUUUUCAACAGAGAAAAGUCAAAGAAAACAGUGGUGGACUCAGACUCCUCUGAGCUGACCAUGAGUGAGAAGAACAAGGCAAUAGAAGACGGACAAAACAACAACGUAGAACCGGAUGCCUUCUUAUCAGGAUAGGAGUCGAGACCCGAGAAUCCCAAACGUAGUCCCUUACCACUUGCACCUCGCCACAGCUUGUAGAUCAGCAAUUUACACAAAGACACGUAUUGUUCUAUCAGCACAGGCACUCAUCUUCAAUGUCCCUGCACCACAACACGUACUUGUGUGUCACUGUUCACCCACAACACAAAAAAAAACACAACACAUCCACAUCUGCAGAACUGCAGGAGUGAAAUGGACUCCCGGAGCAGCAGUCAUGCCAGACCGAGGCUUUUUUUUUUGCUUUCCUGUCACAAAAGAAGAAUGACUCUCGGUAGAGUGUCACUCAUAUCAUGCUCCUCUACAUCACUCUGGUGCUCUAUGGUCUGCACAACUUCUACUCUGGCUGGUUUGCUGGAGUGGAAAAGGAGGUUGCUCCCCUGCCAAAAAAAAUAAAAAGGAGACAAUGCCACACCUGCUCAGCUGUUACAGUAAUAAAGACUGACGUGGUCUGCAUUGGCUGAAAGCUGUAUGUACUGCUGUUGACAUGGGCGGGGGCGAUCAGAUUUCUAUUCUCAGCGAUUGCAUUUUCUGGUUAAUUGCAGUUAUUACAAUACAACAAUGGUUUUCCAGUGCUAUGGAAAUGGACUCAACAAUAAUUGGCAUGAGGGUGAUUCCACAUGACUUGAGCAUGACACUAAGAGUACAACACAUUCAAACAGAGAGGUUAAUGAGGUAUAAUGAGGCCUUUUAUUUUAAAGACAGCAACCACAGAUUCCUCUAAGAUAGAAAAUGAAGAGCUGAACUGUAGGCUUGGGCUGUACGGCUCACUUUAUCAUAGCAGCAGAUACAUGGUGGUAAUGGUCAUUAUGCUUAGCUUAGCUAGUCGAGCUAACAAAGAUGGGAGGAUUGCAACAUUUGGCCCAAU